CAGAUUGAGGAAGAAAUUGUUACAUUAAAACAAGCUCUCGAUCGAAAGGAGAAACAGUUAGCAGAAAUCAAACGGCUGUUGGGUAUAACAGCAUGGUCACAGCUAAAGGAUGGAUUUCACCAGCAGUAUCAAAAUCUACAAGGAACUCAGAUGUAUGUUUUUCUCAUUUUUGUGGCUGUACAUGAAACCUUAUGGUGUAAUCAUUGUAGUUAUAAAACUUUGACAGCACAGUACUUCUGUACUGUAGUCGCAGCCUUUGCACGCUGUAAUGGGGAGCAUGGCCCAGACCUCCCAUAGAAGCUUACGCCUUUGGUGCUCAUUUAGGAAAUUGGUCAGUAUUUAUCCUAGGUUCACACCUGACAAGGUCAAUAUAAAAUAACUUAGAAAACUAAACGGAAGCAAUUGAAACAAACGAAAUGAAACAAACGAGAUACUUACAGUAUAAGAUGAUAGCGAAAUAAGACGCACUAGGAUGAGCAAAGACCAAAAAUGAAAAGACUUAAACUGGACCAGUGAAGUACAACCAAGAAUUUACAUGAAAGUUACAAUCAGAGCUAAAUAAUGAUACUAUAUGCAAAAAAAAAAACCUGACACGAUAAACAAAGAUGCACAAACAAUAAACAACAAAUGAACCAAACAACUGCACUAAAGGUAGGAACAGGAAAGGAACUAAAACCAUUGCAAGCAUACAAACACUAUAGAUAAACGCAUGAGACUGCUUCCACUCUCAUGUACAGUACUUUUCUUUUUGUCAUUUAGAAAAAAUAGGAUUUUGAUUUUUUUUUCGAGUAGCGGUACUCCUUACAAUGGUGAAGGGUUACUAGAAAGCGGGAGCCCUUAUGGUAUACAGCAAUCUAAUUCAAUGUUGAGCUUACCAAGUUAAGAGCUUUUUCUCUUUCCUGUUACUUCACAGGUAUCAAAAAACUUCUGACACAUUUAAAGAUUUGAAUGACAAAAUUGUCCACUCACAAGCGUAAGUUCUGUAGUUCUAGUUUCAAGUUCAAGCUAGGGUGUAGGUGUAAAUGUUAUACCAGUAAAAUAUGUGUAUAUUUUGAGCAUAAAUAAGGUUUCUAUCAGGGCUACCUUACUUUCAGAGAUUCUUAUGUUCAGGAGUUCAUACGAGGGGCUCUUAAAUCCAGUGUUCUUACAGCCAUGGGUUCUUAUCUCCUGGGGUCUUACCUCUAAGGGUUCUUACAUUCAGGGAUCUUACAACCAGGAGAUCUUACAUCCAGGGGUCUUACAGCCAGGAGGUCUUACAUCCAGGGGUCUUACAGCCAGGAGAUCUUACUUGUAGGGGUUCUUAUGUCUAGGGGUUCUUACAUGCAGGGUUUUUUUUGUUUUGUUUUUAAAGACGGCUGCAUUCGCAGGCUAAUCAGUAUUAAUACCAGUAAUUGUAACAGGUGAAUUUUUGUCAACUAACCAUGUAUAAGUUUGGUGUGUCUAAUCCUCAGUGAUUUUGGUCCAUUUGUGUUUUCAGGUACAACAAACUCAGCACUGGAGCUGCUGCAACAAAGACAAUGUUAAGUGAUGCAGGAUCAAGGACAGCAACUGCUGCGAAAAAUGUUGGAUCCGCAACAGCCAAGAAACUUGGAGAAAUCAGGUAUGAAAAUGGCUGAAUAGUCUGCUGUUUGUGUUGUGCAGUGAGAAGGUUCUGGUCUUUAUUUCUGUUUGUUUUUUCUGGUUUGUUUCAUGAAGGGGUUCAUCAAUGUUUCAAUCUUUGGAGACUAGGGUGGUUUCAGCUUCUUCAAGUAUAAAGGUGAGCAAUAGUUUUUUGCAGGUGAAAAUAACAUAAAUUGCUAUGCAAGUUCUUGUACAUCAGGGUUGUCAAAACGAGCCGGCUGCUGGGGAAAAUCGCCAUCUACUUGGUUAUUAUCAGCCGGCUACUCUGCUUGGCAUUUCUUUGCGGAUGGCUGUCUCUCCUCACUCCUUGCUGCUUCGAAUGUUUCGCAGGAAAAAUGAAACUUCCCUAGCAGUGAGGAGUGAGGAGAGGUGGCUGAAUUUGCAGGUUACAGAGGCCCUGUCAGUAAACACCAUUAGUUAGGUCAAGGAAAUUUCAUUGUGUUAACUUGGUGGUCAAAUUACUAAACAAGGUGGUGUUACAUUGCAUUUGUAACAACAGGUAGAAUUGAAUCUUGUGUGAUCUAUCAAUAUGCUGAAAAUCACAUAAAGCAGUUUAAUGGCUUUGUAUACUUCAGCAUUACUGUUUGUCAGCUUGAUUGUAGCCUGCAUCAACAUAAUCUAACCUCAGUUAGUCACGUCUGCAAUUCAGCGCCAAGAUCCUAGUUCUGGGCCCCCAAUGGACUCAACAAAUUACCAGAAGUGCGUUUCGAAUUUCCCCUCAACCUGAUCGGCAAAUUGACAAUGGCUUUAUAAACAGGCCAAUCAUCGUGCAUACUCAAUUCCUGGUAGACAGGUGAGGGCCCAGAAAAAGAAUUUUGUUGCUGUUUUACAGACAGGCUAACCAGAAGUUUAGUUCCAUCUGUGGUGUCUUGAGUGGUACUGCCACCUUCAAGUAUUUUACUUGUCAUACUAAUGAGGUAAAAUUGUAAAAAAGAUUACUGGGGACUGCAAUGUUAGUCACUGGUUGUUAAAGGAGGAUGGCUGUGUUAUAAAGGUUGUAGAAGUAGGGGGUAAAAGUAAGUGGUCAUCUUAGCAUGGUGUGGCUGUAAAUUAGGAUUGUAAUAUCCUGUGACAGAAGACAGCUGUUUCCAUGGCAACCAGACAGAGAAACAGCACAAACAGAAGAGGAUUGUUAUUAUUUUAACCCUCUUAAGUCGCAAGUGUGGCCAACAUCUCCUAGCAAUGUCAUUGUUCUCCUUAUCAGGCGGUAACCAGUAAAAUUUACCACCUGAAGCAACAGUUCUUAUCGCCUGCAACGACCUGAAGGUUUACCAAAAAAGUACUUUAAAAAGUACACAAGUUGUGAUCCGAUCCGAUUUUCGCAUGCCACAAGGAAAUGAAUGGAUAUAUGGAAAAGUACUAAAGUAUACACAGCUUCUCUUUUUAUGGCCCAUGCAUUUUGGAAAGAGAACAUUGAAGACAGAGUAAAAUUAUUGGUAUCAAUCGUUAAAUUGUUUUGUAGAGGGUACAACGACCAAUUUGCAUAAAAUAGGUCUUAAAACGAGGGAAUGACAUUUCAGAGAACUUAGCUCCUAAAUUUCCCAACAAGGGUGGGACCAUGUCCCACUCUCCACUACCCCCCUGCCCCCAGGAAAGUGCGCCUCUGGUGCAUAUUUUUUGUCCUAGCCGCUAUGAAUGGUAACACUGCAAUGUUAACACAUAGUCAAAAGAAAAGGUUAUGAGAACUGAUUAAGCGAUGACCUGAGUGAAAAUGCCUUGAUCUUUAAACAAAUUCUCUCAACUAGUUCCUUAAGGAAAUGUAUGGAAAUGAGUGUAGAGUAUUUGUAUGUGGAUACUGGGACUUAAAGGGUUACCUGUAAGAUGUGUCAUUGUCAGGUGGAGACUGUCAACAUUGCUGCAUAAAAAGGAAAUUAAUAAUAUAAAUGAUUUAGCCACCUUUCUAAGCUUGCGCCAUUUCUAGUUAAUUUGCUAUAAUGCAGUAAUAGUAAAAAGGUAAAAAAAGGUACCUAAGCAGCUUAGCCUAUGAAACAGUCUUUUCACCGCUGCAUGUUGAUUUGUAUCUUUGGUUUUAACAAUUGAAUAUAAGAUUUACGAUGUUGCAAACUCUUAAUAUGUUGCCAUUGCCAGGUUUCCUUGAUUACUAUUUUCCGUUAAGUGGUUGUCUGCAGUAAAGUGACCAGUUUUUUUAGUGAGGUUGUCAACUGCAUAAUUAUCUUUUGAAAGGAGUGGCCUGGGAAGAGCCUCAAAAGACCUCUGAUAAACAGCAUGGUUCUCCUUCCAAACUGCUUUACAUUUACUUGUGAAACAAAGAGAGAAUUUAACAUUUAAUCAAGAGUUAAUGGCGUGAGGUCCCUAAUUCACGUAGCCGUUAAUUUGGUCCUAACUAAUUCAACUUUAAAAGACUCUACAAAAUCAGUGCUUAUCACAGAACUUCAGAACUGCUUCAGAAAAAGGUUCAUUUCAUUCUCUUUUAAAAGUGAUAAGCAUAAUGUAACUCAAUAUAAAGUUUAUAUUCUUUUAAAACCUCAUGUUAAGAUAGUAUUAAGAGGCAAGAGAAAAUUCAUUAGUUCCCUAGGAUUUAAACCGCCAUUAAAAACCUUACUCAUCAUCUAACAGCCAAUAUUCUAAUAUUGCUCUCUCACUGUAGUUUAAGAUGCUUGGAAGCUCAAACAAGGGAAAACUAACAACGCCAACUUCACCUGAUAAUGACAACAGUCUAUCCUGAAGAUUGAUUACUGGUAGUAAAUAAUUCCUGGUGUAAUGUGCCUUUCUUGGGAUGGUUAUCUCAAUAAGAGAUUAGUCAGUGCUCUGGAUCACCAAGUGGAUUUUGUAAAUAACUGGUCCACAAAAAUGUUUUUUUCCAAUUUCCAUUUUACAUAUGUCUUUUGAAGUAGCUUAUCUACUUAAUAAGAUAAAAUGAUAACAAUUAAAUUUCUGUCUGAUAAAAUUGAGAAUGAUACUUUUUGUCAUGCAAGUGGUAGAUAUAACCUUCCAACUAUCUUUUCACAAAGCUUGUUGAUUCAUGUACUUUGAUAGAAAUACUUUUACGGAAAUGAUAUCAACUUUUAUCCCUUACCUAACUAAUCUAACGUCUCAAUUCUCCAACCAUUAUUAUAGAUUGUUUAAGUAUUUAGCAAUAUUUAAAAAUUAUGUGUAUGAUAGGAGAUUUUCAUAAUAUUUUCAUUAAUUUCUUGGGAGAUUAGCUUGUGCUUCAUUGAAGAAGAGACCACCAGGGUUCGCACAGUUUUGAAAAGUCCUUGAAAAUCGAAUGUGGUCCUUGAAAUGUCAUUGAAAAGUCCUUAGAAAUGGUUGCAAUUUUUUGUAUGAACCCUGAACCAUAAAAAAAUGAUCAGAAGCAGAAUUGCUGCUACUAGUUGUAGUUUUUUUUUUUACAAAAGUGUCAGACCCUAUUAAUUUUUUGACAAGAAUCAAAAGGCAAUCAAGAUAAACAAGUGGGGUUAGGGUGUGCACAUCUUUCUAUUUAAGAUUUUCGCUUAGCAUAGCUUUAUUUUUUGUCAGAGUAUACUGGUACGUGCCUUUUCAAUGAUAUGCAGAUCAAGGAGGGAAACUUUCCUUUCCUUUUUUUUGCUUUCCCAUUAAACCUCUUCCAGGUGUUAGCAAGUUAAGGAAAUAAUAAUAUUAUACAUUUGUCAUUGAAAGUGGUAGGAAGGCAAAGUGACCGCUGGUAAUAAAGCAGUGGACCACACCCUUACCCACACACCAGACAGUGCUUGCUGCUACACUCUCUUACCCCCGUCCACAUAUACACGCACACUAGACAGUGGUUGCCAGUACACCACCAUGGGGAUGUAGACCCAACUUUCUUUUGGAAUACUUGCAGAUAGUAUAGUAAUGCUAGCUCUCAUUUGAUGUAAUACCCCCCUGUUGUUACUUCUAUUAAUAGCUUUUUUAACAUGAACUUGCUGCCUUUCCUUCUUAGUCUGCCUACCGUGUGGCUUGAAAUUUUUUGGGGGAGUUUGAUUUUCUGCAUCAUUGAUUUUUGGGAUAGUAGAUUGUAGACUGUUUUUCCUUGCUGGGGAUUAAUUUUUGCCGUUUUCGGGAAGUCAUUGCAUCAGUGUCACUUAUUAACAAUACUUUUCUGAGAUGAAUGCCCUAGUGUGAUGGUUUUUGUAAUGACCAUGAUAUCAUGUGUUGCAUUUUCCCCGAGUUAUCACUGGCAUUUUAUCUUUCAUACCGAUUUACUUCAGUGGAAGCAAACUUUUGCGGAGAAACGUUUUGAGAGAUUUUUUUUGGCAGAUUUGUUAAAAAAAGAAAGUUAAUUACGAAAGUUAGAACGCACAAAAAUUUAGUGUCACACGGUAGUGCAGUACAGACUCAUAUAGUUCGUCCAGUGCCAGCUUCGCUUUCUUUAUUUUUCCUCUUCAAAUAAGUCUUGAACUGAGUGGCCUUCCUUUGAUGACUUAUAAUUGAUAAAAUAGAAGAGCAAUAUUUUGGCAAGGCAAUACAAGGCCUUAUUUAACCAUUAGGCUGCAUAUUGAUAUACCAACACUAGUCAACUAAAUGUUAACACAACUGUGUUGUUUAUCUAGUCUUUUUAAAGUAACGAAUACUUUUUUCAGACUUGAAAACCGUGUAAAUUUGACUACAAUAAGAUCAGUCAAGAAUGAGUCAAGUAUUUGUAAUUAAUACUAAGGAUUUCUAAAUUGACUGAUUCAGCCUCAGUCAAUCAUCUUACUUGAUGUUAUUUACAAUAACACGAGUGCUACUUGGAUUUUCAAAGUAAAUAAAUAGCAUCUUGUGCUAAGCUGCAGUCUCUGAGAAUUUGUGGGUGUAAAGAUUGGACACCUUUGGGUUAUGGACUAGUCAAUGUGCCCAAUGUGGUAGUAUGCGAUAUUUUGCUUAAGUGUGCCCACCUUUCUAUUGACCCAUAGUAGUUUAUAGUAUCAGAUAAAAAUAGUAUGGACAGUCCCACCAAAUGCUGUUUUUUCCGUUCUUGCUCGUCUCCUCUUCCUCCCAAUGUAUUCUAUUGCAGUUAAGUCACAAAAUCUUGUACAUCAACAUUAGGAGGACAAGAAGGCAGUAAAGUGACCCGCAGUGUUCUUUUUAUCCCCAGUACAGUAUAGUCAUCAUAUCCGUCGGGGCCUAAGCAUGAGUCAUGCGUGGUGUUCUAAGGUUCCCUGGGCCUGUCUAAGAAGUAUCUUGUUUAAGUCCCCAAGGCUUUCUUAAGGCCGGCAUUGAAAUUCAUAACCUUGCAGUCCACUGUUAAGGUCUCCAGGGCCUGUCUAAGAUCCCCUGAAAAAUGCACAACAUGAAAUGGCCCGUCUAAGUUCCCCUAAAAGAUAUACCUUGUUAAGUUCCCCAAAGCCUUCUCAAGACCUCAUUUAAACUGACAACCUUGCAAUCCACUGUCAAGGUUCCCUGGGCCUGUCUAAGACCUUGAAAAUACACUAUGUAGCAGUACCCUGUUAAGGUCCCUUGGACCUGUCUAAGUUCUCUUCAAAAAUGCACAACGUGGAAGUAUAUUGUAUAGGUCCCCAGGGCCUUGUAAAGGCCGGCAUUGAAGUACAUAACCUUGCAGUCCCUUGACUUGAAAUAAAAUAUCUUGUAUGACUUUUUGUGUGAUUUUAUUUUACUAUGUGUAUAUACUACUAUAUUUAUGUCAAUACUUUUUGAGGCAAUAAAAAUAAAUACAUAAAUAAAUAAAUAAAUAAAUAAACCUUCAAGUCCACUGUUAAGGUCCCCUGGGUCUGUCAAAGACCUCCCUUAAAAUACACAACAUGGCAUCGAAGUAACCUGUUUAGGUCCCCAGAGCCUUCUUAAGAUCCCCAUUAAAAUUCACAACCUUGCAGUCCCCUGUUAAGUUUCCAGCCUGGGCCUCUGUAUGCUGCUAUCAUGUCCUCCCAAUAGCUUGAGACUUCGGCCUUGCAGACGAGGUCAGCUUAAACUUGCGGAACUUUGUACAUACCAUAACCUUUGGUAUUUUAUUGCACAGGAGAGAGUGAUAGGACAGAGAUCUAACAGCCUUGAUGAAUCUGAGAUGAACAAGAACAAUGAACCAGAAGUUCAG